UAAGUUUUGUAAAAUUAUGAGGCAUAUGGAAAAAAAAGAAACUAUAAAAUUGGAUAAAUAAUUAAUAAGUUAGUGAAAUUAAUAGAAUUAUUCAUUCAAUUUUAAAAAAAUAAAAAGAAAAAACAAUUAUACUAUAUAUUAAGUUUCCUUGCGCCAUGAAAAUAAUAAUAUUAAAAAGAAGUUUCCUUAUGGAUAAUCCCAGUCAGCAUCACCAAUCUCCCACGUGGACGUUACAUUUGCUAUUCAGAGAGAAAAAGAAAAUCAAGAACCAGUUGGAAGCAUUUAAGAGCUCCAAAGUUCUUGGCUUCUUGCAGAGACGUUCCCAUUUCCUCUUCCACAAAGCAGUUUCUUAUACACAAAUUACAAAGGAAGAAAGAAAACCCUUCAUGAGUUUGUGGCUGCUUGUGGUCCUUUCCUUUUUGUCUCUCCACAAAUAUAUAAGCCACUUAAAAAAAAAAAAUAGUAAUAUAAAAAUCUAGUCUUUGGAUUGGAAGCUUUUGGGGGGUUUAAUCAAGAAAAUAACAAAUGCUUUUGAGCUUUGAGCUUGACAAAGCUCAUCUGUUCAGUUCUUGAUCUCAUGAUUACAACUAUUACUACUAGUAUGUUGGAUUCUAUCACUUUUUCUCAUAUUCCCAAGGGACAUGAUAUCACCAAACAAAGAAGUCCUAUUAGGGCUUUCUCAAGUGAUAUAUCACAUCUUUAUGUACAUUGUUUUAAAACUUCAUAUGCCCCAAAGCAGCAAAUGCAUGUGCCUUCACGUGCUUUGAGUUGCGGGAUAAUUCAUUGCUCUUUUCUUUCGGGCAAAAUCUUUGAAGGCAGACCUUUGUUAUCUUCCUCAGUGCUUGGCGGGGAAGGAUUCAGCCUAUCCAAACACAGAUUGCGCCAUUUGAAAAGAUCCCGAAUACAUGCAUCUGUAGAUGUUGCUAGUGCUGUUGAUGCUAUCAAUGAUUUAGGAAUGGAUACUUUGACAUUCUUAGCUGUCACUGUUGUGGUUGUUCCUGUGUUCAAGAUACUUAGAGCUAGCCCUAUACUCGGUUUCUUCUUUGCUGGCGUCGUGCUAAAUCAAUUUGGUCUCAUUAGAAAUCUCACAGAUGUCAAGGUUCUGUCUGAAUGGGGGAUCCUCUUCUUGCUGUUUGAGAUGGGCUUGGAGCUCUCGCUUGCACGUCUUAAAGCUCUUGCAAAAUUUGCCUUCGGAAUGGGAUUAACUCAGGUUAUAUUAUCCACUCUAGCUUUCACGGCAUUUGAACUUCCCCCUAAUGGUGCUAUUGGAACAAGAAUUUUGGAGUUCCUUUUCCAUUCCAGGUCUGAUUUGGUGAACAUCAGAAGCAUUGAUGAGGCUGUCGUUAUUGGUGCUGCUCUUUCUCUGUCUUCAUCGGCCUUUGUUCUUCAGCUUCUUGCAGAGAAGGGUGAGCUCCCAACAAGAUUUGGCUCUGCAACUCUGGGAAUUCUUCUUCUGCAGGAUAUAGCAGUUGUUCCUCUCUUAGUCAUCCUUCCUGUGCUUGAGAGCCAGAAUCUCAUUGAGGAAAGUAUCUGGCCAAUGCUUGCUAAAGAAAGUUUAAAGGCUUUAGGUGGACUUGGAUUACUUUCUCUUGGAGGAAAAUACAUUCUGAGGCGAGUUUUUGAGGUUGUUGCAGAAACAAGGAGCUCGGAGGCCUUCAUUGCUCUGUGUCUGCUAACUGUAACUGGGACUUCGCUUAGUACACAGAUGUUGGGCUUUAGUGACACACUUGGAGCAUUUUUAGCUGGGGCAUUAUUGGCAGAAACAAAUUUCCGGACACAAAUAGAAGCCGACAUAAGGCCAUUUAGAGGCUUACUUCUUGGGUUAUUUUUUGUGACAACAGGCACCUCCAUUGACAUGCAGCUUCUUUUCCGAGAGUGGCCAAAUGUACUGUCACUCUUGGCAGGUUUAAUCGUCAUCAAGACCUUGAUUAUAAGUGCAAUAGGUCCCCGAGUUGGACUCACCAUACGAGAAAGUGUAAGAAUAGGUUUUCUACUAUCACAAGGAGGCGAGUUUGCAUUUGUAGUUUUUUCUCUAGCUAACAGGCUUGGUGUGCUGCCCCUUGAGCUUAAUAAGUUGCUAAUUAUUGUCGUCGUAUUGUCAAUGGCAUUGACCCCAUUGCUUAAUGAAGUUGGAAGAAGAGCUGCUGAUUUCAUUGAUGACAAAUUUGAUAAAGAAGAUAAAGCAGCUGAGUUGGUGAACUUUGAUGGUAGUGAACCUGUUAUAAUCCUUGGAUUUGGACAAAUGGGCCAGGUCUUGGCCAAUUUCUUAUCCGCUCCAUUAGCUUCUGGAAUAGAUGCAGACUUGGCUGGAUGGCCUUAUGUGGCUUUUGAUCUGAACCCUUCCGUGGUGAAGGCAUCUCGGAGACUUGGUUUUCCAGUCUUGUAUGGAGAUGGAUCACGUCCAGCAGUAUUACAAACUGCUGGCAUCUCUUCUCCGAAGGCUUUCAUGAUCAUGCAUACUGGAAAAAAGAGGACAAUAGAAGCUGUUCAAAGGCUUCGGCUUGCUUUCCCUGGAAUUCCAAUUUAUGCUAGAGCUCAAGAUCUCGUACAUCUUUUAGAUCUGAAGAAAGCAGGCGCAACAGAUGCUAUUCUAGAAAAUGCGGAGACAAGUUUGCAGCUUGGCUCUAGGCUUUUGAAAGGACUUGGUGUCAUGUCUGAUGAUGUGGACUUUGUGAGUCAGCUUGUCCGAGACUCCAUGGAGUUGCAAGCUCAAGAUACUCUUAGCAAAACCGAUGACCGAGGACUUAACGUUAUGAAACCAUUGCAGGUAAGAGUUGUUGACUCGGUUGCGACCCAAGUACCUCCGCCACCAUCAUCACCUCAAGACAAAUUAUCAAGAAGAGAACAGAUGGACGAUAGAACUCAUAUCUUGAGGUCUCGAGAGGAAACUAGUCAUAUGGAUGACAGUGGGUUGCAACAAUCAGACGAUCAUGACAAGGGUGUUAUAUAUUGUGAACUAAAUACAGAGAACGGUUUUCUAGGUAAAGCUGAUGAUGCUGCACCAGAGAAUCAGAGUCUUGCAUGACAACUGCUGAAGAUGUAUAGACUUCAAUUUCCAUCUCAUCUAAUGUUUUUAAAACAUGAUCAAUUUUGUUGCUGGAACUAACAUUUGGGAAAAGAACAAACUGAAACUUUGAGAAACGUCAGCUGGAUUAGUAGUUUUAGUAGAACUACAAUGCUCUUUACAAGGUUCCAAUUCUUUAAAAAACCACACCGUGUAUAUUGUUUAUGUUGAUAAAUUGAUUAGGAAUGAAAAUAUCUCUUUUCCUGCUUUCA